AUGAAUCAAAAUUAAAGGAAAUUCGUUAGAUGUUUCAAUUGUAAAAUUAAGCCUGCAACUAUAAAAUGCUUUGAUUGCAAUGAAAAUGAGCCUACUAAAUUAUGUUAUCAUUGUGAUUCUACUUUACAUCCAGAUCAAGACCAUCAAAAAUAGAUUAUACCUUAUGAUUAAAUGGUAUCUAAUGAGGAGAGAACACAUUCUAUAACUCCAGAGAAAUAAUAAGAUAUAACUCCUCAUCUAAGUUCAAUCUUAAGAUCUAGAAUAAGAAAAAAUGAGGAGAAUACUAGUUUUACAAAUAAUGAAGAAAUUUUAAAUAAGAACUAACUUAAAUCAGUAGAGUUAAAAUUUAGAAUAAAGUUUUAAGAGUAGGAAAACACAAUUAAUUUAUUAAAAUAGCAUAUUGAAAAUAUAGAGAAUAGACACAAAGAGAAUUUAUCUAAAAUGAGAGAUCAAUUAAUAAAAGCAUAAGAUGAAGCAUUAAAAAAAUAAGAGGAAACAUCAAAUGAAUUGAUUAAGGUUAAGAAAUAAUAUGAGGAUAAAAUUGCAUAAUAUGUAUCAUAAAUAGAAAGUGAGACUUAAUUUAAUAAUUCUCUUUAAUCAAAAUUAGAUGAGUUAAGGUAAUUAUACUAUAUAAAAUAGAAAUACUCAUUAAAUAAAAUAAUAAGAAUCUUAAUAGAUAAUUGCUUAAUUAAGAGCUGAAAUAGAAAGAAGAAAGUUUUAAGAAGAACAAAUAAGAAUUGAAGCAGAGAAUUAAGUAAUAUAAAUUAAGAAAGAAUCUCAAUAAGAAUUAGAAAAAAAUAUAUCUGUAUUAAAAAAUGAUUGUUCUAAUUAAGUUGAAGAAUAUAAACUUAAAAUAGCAGGUAAACAAGAAUAAAUUAUAUCUUUAUAAUCUUAAAUCUAAUAAUUAUAAGGUACAUUAAAAGAUAUUGAAGGAGUUUGGUAGAAGAAACUAUAAUUUGAACAAUAAUCAUAUGAUGAAUUAAAGUAAUAAUUUUAUUUAAUGAUAGAUAAAAAUAUCAUUAAUAAGGAGAAGAGUGUGAAAUAUUAUUAAAAGAUAUUAGAAAUCUUCAAUCAGAAAUAAUGAUUUAUCAAAAAGAAAAUGAAUUAUUUUAAAAGGAGAAAUUAGGUUUAACUAAAUAAUUGAAUUAACAAUUAGAAAAGAAUGAGAAGAUGGAUAGAUUUAUCUAUGGUUCAAAAAAAUCAUAGAUAAAAAUAAAAAUAUGA